AUCCUGCGGUCAACUCUCCAACUAUGUGCCGGCGUUAUCUCAUCGUUCUGUUUUCUGUUCUCGUCAUUCAUUAGCUUCCUCGUUCCCAUCAUCAUCGUAUUUGUCGCGUUCAUUGUCGCCGGGGUGGUCAUCUACUUUAUGCGACAGAACGAUUUGACGAACGCCAGAAAGGCAACAAGGAAAGCUCUGGAAGUCCUGAACGGUCAGGAUAAUCCCCGCGGUCUAUUCUGGAGGUACAACGAGAUGAAGAGGACGACGACGACAUACCAAGGGGGUCGACGUACAGGCCAAACGAAGGAAUACUUUCCGAUGGCGGAACUGGAAGUCAUGCCCAUCCCGUCCUUUUCGCUCUCUGGUAUGGACGACGCAGUGUUUACGCCGCCGAUGGCGUCCAUGUCGCCUCGUGUUGGAACGGUGUCACAGAGCGAGUUCGCCGCGCCCUAUGCGUACCAGCAGGCCCCGUUGACGGGAACGUCCAUGGCGCCGCGUACGCAACCGGCGGCAGCCUUCGCGGCCCCAGCACGCCCGGCCUCAUCGGCUAUAUCCAUGUCGUCCGUCCCGGGACCCUCGCGUCUGCCUCCAACAAGUACAAGACAGUACCUGACUUCCUCACCGUCCGCCAAUGAAAGGGAAAGCCACGGAUCGUCCGCGAACCCGUUUACGGACGACGCAAACCUCGCGGAUGAAUACGACCCAGAAGCCCCGCCGCCCGCUUACGACUCAUUCUCUCGCCCGUCGAGACCCGCUCAACAGUCGUCGAAAAGGGGAAAGUUUUAGGAAGCGAGACUUUCAGACCGGUAAAUGCUGGUGCCGCUGGUCCGGUCCCGACAUGUCUG